UGACAGCUCCUUAUUCCAGUCUUCCAUUCCUAUAUCUGCAUUUCGGAGACAUGUGGAUUUGUUUUCAAAAUUUUUUAAUAACAUUUCCAUCGAAAAACAAAAUAGAAUAAUUAUACUUGAAAUCAUAAUUCAAACACCUUGCCACCACCUUAAAAUAUAAUUUCCUACAAUGGGUGUUCGCGGACUAACAAGUUACAUCGCCCGCCAUGCCGAACAAUAUCUCAAACCCUACGAAUUGCAUGACUGCAAUUUGGUCAUCGAUGGAGACAAUUUGGCUUGUAAUUUGUACAAAGACGUUGCUGGUAAGAACUCAGCUUUUGGCGGUGAUUAUGAUGCAUUCUAUCGCACAGUUAUCGAAUUCUUCCAUGUCCUCAGUGAGUGUAAUAUUCGCGCUUACGUCCUCAUGGAUGGUGGCUAUGAAAAGAAAAAACUACGAACUGUUUGGCAGAGAUUGCGUGGCAAAAUAACAGUAAUAAAAAAAAUAGAUCCACUCAAUUCGUCACAUAUCUUUCCUCUGAUGAUGAGGGAAGUGUUUGUUGACGCUGUCAAGGACUGUGGAGUCCCUGUAAUGAGAUGUGUCUUCGAAGCUGACGAUGAGUUGGCUGCAUUGAGUCGAAAGUUGAACUGUCCAGUUCUCAGUUAUGAUUCAGAUUUUUAUAUUCACAAUGUCAAAUAUAUUCCUUUGGUAACAUUGACUGUAAAAGCUCAUAAAAAGAAAGUCAAUCCAAAAAAUGUUGAUAAUGCCAAAUUAACCAAAUCAAAUGCAAGACAUUUGGAAAAACGAACCAAGUCUCAGAAAAUCAUUAAAGACAUUCAAGUUGAUUCAGAAGAUAGAAAUGCACCAAAGACAGGAAAAACUUAUAAAUAUCUUGAUUGUUGUUUAUAUAAAAUUGAUCAUUUAGUUGAAAAGGGUAGAUUGAGUAAGGAAAAGUUGCCACUUUUUGCAGCUUUGUUGGGAAAUGAUUAUAUACAAAGGAGCGCUUUUAAAUCUUUCUUUACACAAAUGAGACAGAUUGGAAUGGGGAAGAAAACUUCUCGACUACAUAAGAGAAUACAGAGAAUACUUGUGUGGUUGAGACAUGAAACACUUGAAUCGGCAUCGAAUAAGAUUCUCGGGACGCUAAAGAAGUCUGAAAGAAACAAACUUCAGAUCCAAAUAAAAGGCGCCGUAGAAGGAUAUUCAAUUGAAAACUGUGCCUCCUAUCAGUUUUUUAAGACUCAUUAUGAAAAUGCUAUUGAAGACAGUAUUGAAAGUGAAAAUGAUGAAUCAGCAGAGGAAUCAGACGAAGAAAACGAAGAAGAUUUUCUAGAAGAUGGAACAGAUAAAGAAGAAGAACUUGAAGAUGAGGAAGAAACGGAAGAAGCAGAUGAAUAUAUAAGUGGUGAUGAUAUAGUUAUCGAAGAAAUUGCUAUUUUAGAGAAUGGAGAGACUAAAAUAGAACGGAACGACGAUAAUGAUGAUGAAGACGAAAUCGAUCCAAAUACAUUUCUACCUCAAUGGUUCAGGGAUCGCCUAUAUCCAGCCAAUCUCCCACGAUUCCUUGUAGAUUUAGCUCAUCUUCGAAUCUACAUCAAUAAUCCUCAAAUCGAACAUUUUACCUUCAAUGAUUGCAAUGAAAUUUCGAUUCCAAUUCUUAAACACAUGUUCACUUUGCUUUAUAAUAUCAGUGGAUAUGAUGAGGAUAAGAUUUUCAAUGAAGGUAUUUUAACAGAUGAUGAAGUUCCUUAUUUUCGUUAUUUAACUCGAUUGACCCGCGUUACAAAUAUACACACUGUCAGGUAUCCUUUGGAAGCCCUACCAGAUAUUUCAUUUAAUCCAAUUUCACCGAAUGUGGAACUAUUUAGAAUAGUUUUUAGGAAACUAAAAUUAGAUUCUGAUAAACUCUUCAGAGAAAUCGAAAAGAUUCCUUCUGAUCUUCAAAUAUAUUUUCUCUCCUUGAUCUAUUGGAUACAAAAGACUCCUCAUGCAGAUCUCCAUCAUUUGCAUUCACUUCUUAUUUGUCUUGUGGUAUUAAGGACUUUGGAUUCCAAAGUGGAACCCAUUCGAGAUUGUAAAGCUUUCCAAAAAAGAUUUGGAAAUAUCAUUAAAAAGGAAAAACUUGUCCGAGCGAAAGAGCAAGAAGCUGGUAAAGUCAAAGAGGUCCGUCCCGAAAUUCAUAACCUAUCAACUAUUGACAAAAUGAAGUACAUAUCGAAAGUGGAUUGCCUUCUGGUGCAGGAAAAUCUCUUAAAGCACUUUCACAUGCAAGAAUUGUUUAAGAAAAAAUACGAUGCAUUCUCAUCGACGAUUCUUCAUGGUUUCUCAGAGUUUCAAUCGGUUGUGUUUAAUAUUCAUGCUCUAAAUGGUUUACUGGGCAAUAUUUAUGAAAGUCCCAAAAUGGCACACGCUUAUUGUGGAGUUUUUCUCUAUAAUAUGUAUGAUUUAUUGAGAUCGAGAAUUGAUUUGAAUUAUUUUAUUCAACAACAUAUCUUCCGAUAUUCGCCAAUGAUGUUUGAUUUAUAUGAAUUCUUUUGGAAUUGGUGUGAACAAUUUAUACCGGAAUGGCAGAAAAAUAAAACAGCUGAAAGUACAUUGACUGUGAGUAAAAAUGUUUUGAAAAAGAGAAAAGCUGCGGCAAAGAAGAAAGCUGCUGCUGCAACAGCAGCUGUGGAGAGAGUGGAUCCUACUGCUGGUAUGUUGGAAUCCGAAUCGACUCAAGAAGAACAAGAUGAUUUUUAUGAUUUGAAUAACAAAUUUUGUACUUUGUUGGAAAUAAGAUGAGCAUUGUUUAUGAAAAGAAUAAAGUUUACAGUAAUUUGUAUUAUAUUUUUACAAAAA